UCGAUUGACACGUCUGUAUACGAUAAUUUUAAUUGAAUUUUAUCGCCAAUCUUUUUUACCGUUUAAAUGAUGAAGGUAAAUAAACAAAUACCAAGAAUUAUAAACUUGACGGUGUAUUAAAGUGCGUUACUAUUCGUGAUGUCGUUUAGAAGGAAUAGAUUUUUUAGGACAAAAUCUGUAUUAGAAUAUCACGAGACCGAGACACAAAGUGAGUUUUCAUUGACAAAUGGCAAUGUUUGUAAACAAAAGAGUGUGCCUUCUUCAGGUAAAUCUAUGCAGGCGGAUGUCCUGUAUAAUAAAGUUAGCGAAGAUGUUAUUCUAAAUGAUAGUAUCAAUUUUAAAACUACUUCUUUCGAUAGAGAUAAUGAAUUAAUGAAUAAAGUCUGUGAUAUUGAGGUAAAUCCCAACGUAGACGCGUCUGUUUUCAAAGGCCAACCACAAACUAAUUUGGAAGAACGACCGUCAAUUCCAAUUCCGGACAGUUUAGCGAUGGAUCCCCUAGCGCCCACUGCGCUCGCGGUUUCCUCUGACUUCAUGGACCGAAUCGGUAGUGGAUUGACCCUCUUGAGAGACCACGGGAAAAAAGUACAAAAGUAUUUAUGGAAGAGCAAAAAACUUGAAGUUACCAAGAAAUCAUUAAAAACGCAAGUGAAUAUUGUUCUCGUGGAUGCCAGGGACUUGCCAGAUGAAAUUUCAUCCAAUACAAAUGGCCUUUACUGCAAAUUUAGGUUAGGUAAUGAAUCACACAAGUCAAAACAAGUCACGAAAUCAAAACCAGAAUGGCGGGAAAGAUUCAAUAUUUACAUGUAUGAGGACAGUAAUUUGGAAGUCAAAGUGUGGCACAAAGGAAAACAAAAGACAUUUGUAGGCAGAUGCGUCAUCGAUCUAUCGCAGCUGGAAAGAGAGCGGACUCACGAGCUGUGGCAAGAACUCGAGUAUGGCUACGGGAGUAUCCACAUGCUGGUCACACUGGGCGGCUCAGAGCGAUGCGUCUCUACAGACAAUCUGACUUUAGCCAACGGUGUUACACAUCAGCCGACAAUAACAGAGGAGAAAUACACAUGGUAUCGUUUGGAAAACAACUGGAACGAGGUGGGCCAGCUGUCGGUGACUGUUCACGGCGCCAGGGGCCUGAGCUCGCUCGGGCUCAACGGUAACAUCGACGCCUACUGCGUGCUGGAGGUGGACAACGCUAGGGUUCAGACCCACGCCGUCCGCAACUCCAGCGAUCCUACCUGGAACAAGAACUUCAUAUUCAAUAUCAAUGACGUGACGUCGACGUUGGACAUUACAAUUUAUGACGAAUCAAUAAUUCAGUCAAUGAAAGGGGAAACACUCGGAAAAAUAUCGAUACCUUUGUUGAGGAUAAAUAACAACGAGAAGAAAUGGUACGCAUUGAAGGAUCGAUCGAAAAAGCACAGCGCUAAAGGAAAUUGUCCCAGAAUUCUGUUGGAAAUGUCUUUGGAAUGGAAUCCGAUAAAGGCAUCGUUCAGAGUACUAAGUCCGAAGCCAACUAAAUACGUCGAGAAACCGCCGAAAUUCAGCAUCCCUCUGAUAUACAAUAAUUUGAAAUUUAUCAAAGUUGUAUUCGACUACAUAUACUUGGGAAAUGUCUAUUUCAAAAAUACAUUUGAAUGGGAAAACAGAGAAAAAUCGGCGUUGGCUUUGGGAGCAUGGCUUUUAUUCUGGUAUUUCUUUCGGAUGUGGAUGAUGCCACUCCUUUUGAUUGUACCAUUCCUUCCAUAUUGGGCGAUGUAUCGAGCAGGAAACAAUUGCAGUCAACUUCUUCCGAUUCUAACUGACGAAGACACUUCAGAAGAGGAUAGUGAAAUACAAAAGGAUGACAAAACUAUAUCGACACGUUUGUACGAACUACAGGAUUUAACGUUUACUAUUAAAAAUGGUAUCGACUACAUAGUAUCGAUAAUAGAAAGAUUAAAAAAUUUGAUUAACUUCAGCGUGCCGUAUUUGAGUUAUUUAGCCAUUAUUGGUUUAAUAGUUGCAUCAAUUGCGUUUUAUCUGAUCCCUGUUAACUAUCUAUUCAUGGCAUUAGGUAUAUACAAGUUUACAAGGAAGGCUAUGAAUCCUAACAGAGUUCCUAACAAUGACAUACUAGACUUCAUAUCGCGUGUCCCAGACAAUGAGAUCUUGAAACAAUGGCGGGAGCUAAAAGUGACAGAAUCGAGUAUCAGCAGGUCUGACUCGAUGAAGAGACGGUAGUGCAAUGAUAU